AAAAAUACUAAACAAGUAAAUAAAAAAAUAGCAAAUAAUACAAAGUUAAAAUAUAGAAUGGAUUAAAAACUAUAAUACUAUGGUCAUUUAAAAGAUUUUCUUAACUCUUCACUAUCAUCACAAUAUAAAGUUAUGAUUAAAUUAAACUAAGAGGAAGCAGAUGAACAAGAUAUUAAGAACUUAAGUUCAGCUAUAAUUAAAUGUACAAAUCUCACAGUUUUAAUUAUUAAUUUCUAAACAAAUGAAAUAAAACUAUAAGACAUACAAACUUUAGGUUUUGCUCUUGAAAAUUGCUAUCAACUUUAAACUUUGAAAUUAUUAUUGAGUAAAUAAAGAUUAGGAGAUGAAGGCAUUUCACUUUUAGCAUUUUCUUUAGUAAAUUGUCCAAAUCUAUCAGAUUUGUAUCUUAAUUUAGUGGGCAAUUAAAUAGGUAUUGAAGGUAUUAAAAAUUUAGGCUCUUCUUUAUCAAAAUGCAAAUAUCUUUCUAGAUUAAACUUAUUGUUACACAGUAGUAAACUAGGAGAUGAAGGUGUAUCAUGUUUAAGCUCAGAAUUGAAUAAUUGUACUAAUAUAUCAAAUUUAGAACUAUAUCUUAUGGUUAAUGAAAUUGGAUCAUAAGGUGUAUCAGAUUUGGCAUGUUCUUUAUCUAAAUUAACUAAUCUCUCCAAACUAAAACUCUCUCUUGAAAAAAAUAAAGUAGAAGAAAAAGGGGCGUUUUACUUAGGUUCUUCUUUAGCAUAAUGUGCUAAUCUAUAGAGUUUGGAAUUAUGUUUAAACUAAAAUAUUAUUGGGACUUAAGGGACAUCAAAUUUAAUUUAUGGUUUAUCAAAUUGUUCAUCACUUGAAGUAUUAGAUUUAUAGAUAGGUGAUAAUUCAAUUGGAGCUCAAGGUAUAACAAGCAUAGGGAAAGCUAUUUCUAAUUUUACUUGUCUCUCCAUUUUAAAACUUUAUGUGGGUAAUAAUAUGAUUCAGACUAUUGGAGCAUUAGAAUUUGGCUCUGUUUUAAAAAACUGGACUAGAAUAUCAAAUUUGUACCUAGAUUUGAGAAAUAAUGAAAUAGGUGAUGAUGGAGCUUUAUCGGUUUAUUAGGGUUUAACAUAAUGCAGCAGUCUUUAUGCAUUAACAUUAAUAUUAGAAAAUAAUAACAUUCAAGAUAAAGGAGCUAAAAAUUUAUGCAAAGUUCUUGCAAAUUGUAAAAAUCUUUGCAUGUUAAACAUCCAAAUAUGCUUCAAUGGAGUUGAUCUACAAAAUAGAUUAUUAUUAAGUAGCUAACUGAAAAAAAUUAAGAGAAUAGUAAAAUAUUAUAUCAUUUUUUGAUGACAUUUAUAACACUUUUUUAAUUUUUUAUGAGUUAUCUGAAAUUAAAAAAUAAUUAUGUUCCCUUUUCUUAUAAUUUAUAUAAAGUGUAUAAAUAAAUACAGAAUAAAUAUAGAGUAA